UUUCUUUGGUCAAGAAAAUUUUAACUGCCAUGUUUAUUUUUGCUUUUGAUAUUUUUCAUGGAUAUUAUUUAUUUAUUAUAUUCAUACAUGUUCUCAUCUGAGCUAAAAUGUUGAUGAAUGAUUUUACAUGAGAACAAAAUAACAAACCUUAGAAUUAGAAAUUCCACAAGGAAACACUUGUGAAUGAUUGAUAACGACAAGUGAAAAAACUGUCUUGCUAACUAAAAUAUGAGUUUUAAUUCGAGGUGCUGCUGAAUCCUCAGCUGAGACUGUGGUUCUGUUUACUUCCUCCGGACCUUCACAACAAGCUGAGCAGCUUCACUCAGGCGGUUUUCUAUAAUUAAACUCAUCCUGGUCCAGACCGGACCCCCUGCAGCUGCACACCGUCAACAAUGGCAGACAUCUUUUAUUGGAUAAUGGGAUUAACGAAGCAAGAGCCGAGCAACACGAAACCAAGGCGGAAAGAUUCUCAUUCCACAAACGUCUAAAAAUUACACAAAUCUAUGGCUGCUGGGGCAAAACAUGACCUCCUCCCCGUCCAGGGCCACACUGGCUCCAGACCAGGGCCAUGCUGGCUCCAGACCAGGGCCACACUGGCUCCAGACCAGGGCCACAGUGGCUCCAGACCAGGGCCACGCUGGCUCCAGACCAGGGCCACGCUGGCUCCAGACCAGGGCCACAGUGGCUCCAGACCAGGGCCACGCUGGCUCCAGACCAGGGCCACAGUGGCUCCAGACCAGGGCCACACUGGCUCCAGACCAGGGCCACGCUGGCUCCAGACCAGGGCCACGCUGGCUCCAGACCAGGACCACACUGGCUCCAGACCAGGACCACGCUGGCUCCAGACCAGGGCCACGCUGGCUCCAGACCAGGGCCAGGUUAGGGCCACACAAGAGGAACAGACCAGGGCCAGAUGGGGGCUAGAUGAGGACCGGUUCAGGACCAGACCAGGGCAACAGUAAGGCCAGACGGGGUUCAGACCAGGACCAGACCAGGGCCAGUUCAGUCAUACAUAAACUCAAGGUGUUCCUGUAAUUGUGUAUGUAUUGAUCAACACGACGUCAGUGAUUACAGGCGUGCUUAAUUUGACUUCACCUGUUAAAAGCUGAUCACAUGUUGAAUUUCACCAAACAUAUAAUUAUUAAUCAUGUUUACAAAACGCUGAGCGACGAGUUCAACCGGUGUGAUGAAGAGUUUUUGCUAAUCAAUAGUCAUUAUUAAACUGAUCAGUUAAUCACGA